AUGGUGUUCAAUCCAACAAGUCCCAUCCGUGUCUUUGGCCGCCGACCUGUCAUCGUUCCCCAGAGUGCCACACAACCAAGCGCAGCAGCUACUGCUGAAAACGCUUCUAAAAUGUCGUCCGCAGAUGCACCACAAUCCUCAUAUUCCCUGACAGGCUGGCGAGGAGAGGUUUCACGCCUCAUGCGACAGUCCCAGGAGCGACAUCCGCAUCGUCAAGAGAUCAGCCGAUGGUCGAAGACGAGCACAGAGUCAGAAGCUCCGGAAGCGUUGCAAGCGCCAUCGUCCAAGAAAGCGACUGUCCUCAAGAAAAGGAGUAAGCAGCGCAGGCUUUCCAAGGACACUACAAACUCUAGCCCGGUAGAUCCAUCCUACGACCCUGUCACCAAAACACUACGCCCGGUGGAGACUUUCGAGAUGCCUCCAAUUGCUAUUACCGGCCCAGACGAACCUCGCUCCUUCUAUGAGUCCGGCUCUGACGAUUCAGGCGACAAUGAGCACAUCAUUCAUCGAGCCAGCAGUGUUCGAGUGGCCAGGCCGCACAUUGUUCAACACAGCAACGCCUCGGGCGGCUCAGUCCCAAAGUUAUACGCGCCUCCAACAUCGACAGCAAGCCAAGGACAGGCAUCAGAGGUCUCACCCGCGCGUGGUCCGAACCUCAAGAAGCUGCAAGAUAUGGCUGCAUCUGCCGAGCGACGACUAAACAAGGCCGUCUCCGGUGGGCCAGCGGAGGCAUUGAAAGCAUUGGAAGGUCGUGAUACGGAUCAUGAAGGAAUGACUGCUUCCACAGAAGCGUCGACAGCCCCUGGAUCGCAACAGGACAACACCAUGAAGGAAACCAUCCUUGAAUUCCCUGACACUCCUAGCAAGCUCGAAGCCCUGGAUACUUUGCCUACCCCGAUGGGCGGGUUUGGAUCACUCCGAAUGCACAGCACCAACACGAAUACGAAUACGAACACCGACACCAUGUCCUCGAGCAGCACGUAUGUGACGCCAGGAUCCAUCGACGGCCUGCGCUCGAAUCCCACAACAGAGACGGACAGGAAACUAUCUCGGGCCAUCUCGGCUCCUGUGCGCAACUCGACGCGUCGCGUCACGAUCCGUCCUGCUGCGCUGGUGAUCAACCGGACGGACAACGACCCCAAACUAUUUCGGGAGUCUGUCGUCAGUACACCCUACCCAGCCAGACAUAGCAGCAUCGGCGAGAUCGACGAGCUUCAAUCGCAGGAGAUGCGAACACCCAGGUCACUGCGCCGCACGAGACCCCUGUCAAACCACAAGGAAAGCGAAUUUGAAGGAGAGAAAUACACAGAUGAGUUGGGGGGAGGCGAGAAGUCGCAAUCACAAGAUCAUGCGCCCGAAGUGCCGCUCUCAACGAAACCUUUGCCCUCUGCGCCAGCCACGUCGCGCUCUGACCGGUUCCCGUCGCCGGUGGCGCCGGAAGUGUUGCUCCUCGACCUGCGGCUUGCGCGCCACCCUUCGGCGCGGAUCACGGUGGAGAUCGAAGUGGCUGACAAAACCACGUUUGACGAUGAGGCUCUCUUCAUGGUCAUCCGCGAGGUGUAUCGUCGCAGACUGCUCGGCGUGGUACGUAGGUUCUUCAGCUCCAGGACACUAUCGUACGCCAGCGUUGCAAACAACAGUACGAGUACUAUCGCCCCAAUCUUAACCAAUCCCACUGCAUCUGGGCUUCGAGCACUCGGGUCCUUGCAUGGCCAACCCUGGACGCUUUCGGAAGGUGCACCGGAAAUCGACGGCGGCGAUUUCAUCAAGCACCUUCUAAGCCCGCGCCACGGACGGCGGAGGAAGAUGUGGCUUUUGUGGUUGCGCAACAGCCAGUACUCUUGUGACUCAUCUGCGUCAGCAUCGACGAUCGCAUCCCAGGCCCGGCGCUCUCGCGUAGCAUCACCAUCAUCAUCAUCACACAGCCCCCAGGCGCCUGAUAGCCCGGUGUUUUCAUUUCUGCAUUCGCGCCACAGCAGCAGCAGUGCAGGGGGAGGCGGAGGCGGAGGCGGGAACCACACCCACUCCAUCAACAAUGACUUCCUGUUGUCUUCGCCGACCAUGACACCCAACCACGCCGUUUCCGGGCUCGGUCUUUCGAUCAGGCCCAGUAUCAGUAUCCCACGCAUGCCGUUCCAGCCGUUCCCUUUCCAGUCCAAGUCGACCGCGACCCGCCGUCACCGUGCCGGUGGUGAGCACGUCCAGUCCGGCCCGCCGACAUUGUAUCUCCACCACAGGUUCUCGCUGCGCAAGCUCGUGGCCGUGCUGGCUCUCACGUUCUUUUUGGCCGUCUUCACCACCACCAUGUGGAUCUUGUUCGGAGUGCCUGGCCGAGGAGCCGACCAGGGCAACGGCACGACCGAGGUCCAGGGGAAAGCGUACACGUUGAGUUGGAGGCGGGAUGCGCAGAGCCGAGUCGGUGUCGGCCUGGUCUUGGGCAUUGUCGUGUUGGUAAUGGGUUUGGUUAGUGAGGCCGUUUGGCUCUGGGUCAGUUGGAUUCUUGUCUGA